AUGGCCGUGGCCAUUGUGGUUAUCACCUCGGUCGCUCUGGUCCUUACUUCAACUCGAUUAGCAAAUGUCGGCACUCCAUUCGCCACUUCCAAAGGCUUCUUCUCGAUUAUAUACCAACACUACAGAUUCGUCGUGGAUGGACCGAGUCUAAUAAAGAAAGGCUAUGAGAAAUUCCCAAACGGGUUAUUCGAGAUCCCGCGCACAUUCCGCUUCGGUCAAGUUGUCCUGUGCAAGCUGGAGUUAAUCGAGGAGUUGAAGAAUCUCCGAAGUACUGCUGUCUCGCCCGAGCCAUGGAUUGACCAGUUGCUGCAGAUUUCUCAUGUUAUGCCUGGAUACUUCCCUAGGGAUGGGGGAUGGCCGAAGAUCGCAAAGACCACGCCCGGUGUGAUUCGUGCCACGGUCUACAAACAUCUGGAUCAGUACAUGCCCUCGAUGAACGAGGCCAUUCUCGCACAGCUGAGAACCUUGGACUUGAAAUUUGGUGAAUGCAACGUUGGGUGUUUCGACUUCGCAUAUUCCAUUGUAGCACGCAGCGGGAGCUUUGCGAUGGUUGGCUCACGGCUUUCACAGGAUGAGGAGUAUCUCAACGCAGUCAAGGAACAUAUUCUGGGAAUGAUAGUAACUACUCGAGUCCAGUUUAUGGUUCCAGAUUGGUUGAAACGGUACAUUGGUGGAUUUAUCAGUCGCCUCACCACUCUAGGUACAAAUUGGGACAUGCAUGCCUCACGCAAAAUUCUACUCAAGCACUUUGAUGCACGCGCCGCUGAAUAUCACACCGAGAUAUUUAGUGACGACAACAAGGGUAUCGAGACCAAUCCCGACGAUGCGGAUAACCCUCAGGUCGAAAUCUUCCGCUGGCUGUAUGAAAGCUCGGUGCUCCGCGAGAAAUGGACUUAUGCAGAGGUCAUUGGUGAAAUGCUACUGUUGCAAUUUGCCUUUAUCUAUACCACGGCCUAUGGAUUGUACGGUGCCCUUGCCGAGCUAGCCCGUCGCCCUGAGUAUAUUGCUCCCCUGCGAGAGGAGAUUAAUGCUAUCUUUGCCAAGAUGGGACCUACCGUCCUGGCCUGUGAUGCCAUGGUCCUGAUGGAUAGUUUCCUAAAGGAGUGCCAGCGACUGCAUCCCCCUGCAGCCCUAUCUGCCCACCGAGUCUGCGUCCACGACCUGAAGCUCUCGAACGGAACAAUCCUCAAACAAGGCUCCCACAUGGCCGUCCCAAGCGGUCUAAUCCAACGCCUAAGCACAAACUACGAAAACCCCAACGACUUCGACGGAUUCCGGUUCGUGAAGCGCACAGCAGCAGGAGCCAAGAACAGUCGACUCGUCGACCUGAGUCCUGACUAUCUGGUUUUUGGGAUGGGCGUGCAUGCCUGGUAA